AUGGAUGGUGGAAAAGAUGGGGGUGCCCUUGGAGGGACCAUAGGAUCAGAAAAUCCAGCGAUGAUGGGGUGUGGGUGUGGCAAAGGCGGCAUGAGCCCAAUGGGCGGAAUGUGCGGCAUGGGCCCUGGCAUGUGCGGUGGCAUGGGCAUGCCCAUGGGGGGAGGGAUGAUGGGCAAAGGAGGAAUGCCUGGAGCAAUGCCAGGCAGCAUGCCCGGAAGCAUGCCAGGUGCCAUGGGUGCAGGUAUGGGUAUGGGGAACAUGAUGCCCAACAUGAUGGGCAACAUGGGGGGCACCAUGGGGAAUGGGAUGAUGGGCAUGGGCGGAAUGAACCCCGGAAUGAACCCCAUGAUGGCGAUGAUGGGCAUGAUGAUGGGGAUGCAAGCCGCAAUGGGUGGUGGCAGCGAAGCGACCGCGGAUGCAACUCCCACCAUCAAGUCUGAAGACAAGCAUGUAGAUCCCCGAGUCAAAGCGAUUUGCAACGACUUCGGCAUCAGUGGUGACACUGUCAUGAGGUUAAACGAUGCUAUGAGAGAACGAGAAGACUACGACGAAGACCUACAGGCCCUCCAUAAACUGAUGGAAAGAGCCACCAAGGACGGCAAAAAGCCGCUAGAGGUGAUGCUUGCGCAGAUUCGAGCGAUCCGGGCGAAUCGGUUUCCAGGGAAGGAACUCCUGGAUCCAGACGUUUGGGAGUUCAUCUGCAAGUACAAUCUCGAUGACCGUGUCAUGAACCGGCUCAUUGACACGCUGAACAACCGAAAAAACAAACGGAAGGAGACCCUUCAGGCUCUGAAUGACCGGCUAGGGAAUGCACAGCAGCCCACGGGCCUUGGCCUGUUAGUUAGAUUGCUUGAAGGCCUGGAUGAGUCGCGCGCUCAGCGUGCGGACCGACUGGCACUUUCUUGCACCCCCAAUCAUCGCCUCGCGCUCAGUCUUGGGGGCCAGCGCCAAGUAUGUCCUCCCGGCAGAAGACGAUGCAGACAUCACAGGCUGAAGCCAGCAGUUUGGCCGAAGUGCUAG